AACAGGAGACAAAAACCCUAGGAGCUAAUCGCACACAGUUUAUGUAAGCUGGGCGCUACACUAACACACACAAACACAGCUCAAUGACACAAACAGGCUUUAGCAGCUCGUAAUCGGUCCUGUCUGGCUUCAAAACGAAAGAAGGUCCGAUUGAAUUUUUGGUUAUGCAAUGGUCUCUGCAUCAGUGCUAGCACUUUCAGCUGUGUGCCACUUCUCCGUCGAUCCAGAGGAGGCAGUGAUUUCUUCCCGUGCUCCAGUGACAUAAGCAGACAAGAUUGCAAAGAUCUGCCCUGUGUCGAAUAUGACUGCCACGACCCGUGGCUCCCCCGUUGGGGGGAAUGAGAGUCAGGAGCAAAGCCAAGCUCCGGAUGGUCAGUCUCAGCCUCCACUGCCUCAAAACCAGACGUCCUCUCCCACUUCGUCCAAUGAGAACUCUCCUGUGAGUCCUUCAGAUGAGCAGGGUCAGGGAGACUGCCCUGCCCAGCUGGAGGAGGAGGAGGAACCUGCUUUCCCUCACACAGACCUGGCCAAACUGGAUGACAUGAUCAACAGACCCCGCUGGGUUGUUCCAGUCUUGCCAAAGGGUGAAUUAGAAGUUCUUCUUGAAGCUGCUAUAGAUCUCUGUAAAAAAGGACUUGAUGUCAAGAGUGAAGCCUGCCAGAGGUUUUUCCGUGAUGGGUUGACUAUAUCUUUUACAAAAAUACUGACUGAUGAGGCUGUCAGUGGAUGGAAAUUUGAAAUCCACAGGUGCAUAAUCAACAACACCCAUCGUCUGAUGGAGCUGUGUGUGACCAAGCUCUCUCAGGACUGGUUUCCUCUACUAGAGCUCUUGGCAAUGGCCACCAACCCCCACUGCAAAUUCCACAUUUACAAUGGUACCCGGCCCUCAGAGACAGUGCCUGCUGGGGUGCAGCUGGCUGAGGAUGAGCUCUUUGCCCGUCCGCCUGACCCUCGCUCUCCUAAGGGCUGGUUGGUGGAUUUAAUCAACAAAUUUGGCACAUUAAACGGGUUCCAAAUUCUGCACGAUCGUUUCAUGAGUGGUCAAGCUCUAAACGUUCAGAUCAUCGCCGCACUAAUCAAGCCUUUUGGGCAGUGCUACGAGUUUCUCACUUUGCACACGGUGAAGAAGUACUUCCUUCCAGUUAUAGAAAUGGUUCCCCAGUUUCUAGAAAACCUCACUGAUGAGGAGUUAAAAAAGGAAGCCAAAAAUGAAGCCAAAAAUGAUGCUCUGUCUAUGAUAAUCAAGUCACUGAAGAAUCUGGCUUCCCGGGUACCGGGGCAAGAGGAAACCGUGAAGAACAUGGAAAUAUUUAGGUUAAAAAUGAUCCUUAGGUUAUUGCAAAUUUCUUCUUUUAACGGCAAAAUGAAUGCACUUAAUGAAGUAAAUAAAGUAAUCUCAAGUGUUUCUUACUACACACACCGCCAUGGCAACCCAGAAGAGGCAGAGUGGCUCACCGCAGAGCGCAUGGCCGAAUGGAUUCAGCAAAACAACAUUUUGUCCAUUGUACUGCGGGAUAGUCUUCACCAGCCACAGUAUGUGGAGAAACUGGAGAAGAUCCUGCGUUUUGUUAUUAAGGAGAAGGCACUUACACUUCAAGACCUGGACAAUAUUUGGGCAGCCCAGGCUGGGAAACAUGAGGCCAUUGUUAAGAAUAUGCAUGAUCUCCUUGCAAAGUUGGCUUGGGAUUUCUCACCUGAACAGCUGGAUCAUCUGUUUGACUGUUUUAAGGAAAGCUGGACUAACGCGAGUAAAAAGCAGCGGGAAAAGUUGCUGGAAUUGAUUCGUAGGCUGGCAGAAGAUGACAAGGAUGGCGUAAUGGCUCACAAAGUCCUCAAUCUGCUGUGGAACUUGGCCCAUAGUGAUGAUGUUCCUGUGGAUAUUAUGGACCAGGCUCUUAGUGCUCAUAUCAAGAUCCUUGACUAUAGCUGCUCCCAGGACAGAGAUACCCAGAAAAUCCAGUGGAUAGAUCGCUUCAUUGAAGAGUUGAGAUCUAAUGAUAAGUGGGUAAUUCCAGCCUUGAAACAAAUUCGAGAGAUCUGCAGUCUGUUUGGAGAGGCUCCUCAAAAUCUAAGUCAGACGCAGAGGAGCCCACAUGUCUUUUAUCGGCAUGACCUUAUUAACCAACUCCAGCACAAUCAUGCACUGGUCACUCUCGUAGCUGAGAACUUGUCAGCCUACAUGGAGAACAUGAGACAAUUCUCCAAAGAACACACAGAUUUUGACCCUCAGACUGUCAGGCCCGGGAGUCGAUACAGUCAUGUGCAGGAGGUGCAGGAGCGUCUGAACUUUUUGAGGUUUUUGCUGAAGGAUGGACAGCUGUGGCUCUGCGCUCCUCAAGCCAAGCAGAUCUGGAAGUGCCUAGCAGAGAAUGCUGUGUUUCUGUGUGAUCGUGAAGCUUGCUUCAAAUGGUACUCCAAGCUGAUGGGGGACGAGCCGGACCUUGAUCCCGACAUCAACAAGGACUUCUUUGAGAACAACGUGCUACAGCUGGACCCCUCUCUGCUUACUGAGAACGGCAUGAAGUGUUUUGAGCGCUUCUUUAAAGCAGUAAACUGCAGAGAGGGCAAGCUAGUAGCCAAGCGCCGGGUUUACAUGAUGGAUGAUCUAGAGCUGAUCGGGCUGGAUUACCUGUGGAGGGUUGUGAUCCAGGGAAGUGAUGACAUUGCUAGCCGAGCAAUUGACUUGCUUAAAGAGAUUUACACAAACCUUGGACCCAAAUUACAAGCAAAUCAGGUUGAGAUCCAUGAGGACUUUAUACAGUCUUGCUUUGAUCGACUCAAAGCCUCCUAUGACACACUGUGUGUGCUGGACGGAGAUAAGGACAGCAUUAACUGUGCCAGGCAGGAGGCCAUCCGCAUGGUGCGGGUUCUCACCGUGCUAAGGGAGUACAUCACAGAAUGUGACAGCGACUACCAUGAAGAGAGGACCAUCCUACCCAUGUCCAGAGCGUUCCGUGGGAAGCACAUCACACUGAUUGUGCGCUUUCCAAACCAAGGCAGACAGGUGGAUGACCUGGACAUCUGGUCCCACACCAACGACACUAUUGGUUCUGUCAGGCGCUGUAUUCUCAACCGUAUCAAGGCCAACAGUGCACACACCAAGAUUGAGCUCUUUAUCGGUGGAGACAUCAUUGAUCCGGCAGAUGACAGGAAACUGAUUGGUCAGCUUAAUCUUAAAGAUAAAACGCUCAUCACAGCCAAGCUCACCCAGGUCAGUGCCAAUAUGCCUUCAAGCCCAGACAGUUCCUCUGACUCUUCUACUGGCUCCCCUGGAAACCAUGGCAACCACUACAGUGAUGGGCCAAACCCUGAAGUAGAGAGCUGUCUCCCUGGUGUGAUAAUGUCCCUGCACUUGCGCUAUAUUUCUUUCCUGUGGCAAGUAGCUGAUUUGGGCUGUAAUCUCAACAUGCCUCUGCUACGAGAUGGAGCCCGGGUCCUUAUGAAGCUUAUGCCUCCAGAUAACACUACAGUGGAAAACCUGCGAGCAAUCUGUCUGGAUCAUGCCAAGCUUGGAGAAAGCAGUCUUAGCCCCACUCUUGAUUCCCGCUUUUUUGGCCCAUCACCCUCCCAAGUUCUCUACUUAAUAGAGGUGGUCUAUGCCUUGCUCAUGCCAGCAAGUGGCACGCUGGGAGAGGAUGCUAACGAUUUCCAAUACAACUUCUUGCGUAGUGGUGGCCUACCACUGGUCUUGAGCAUGCUGACCCGAAAUAACUUUCUUCCAAAUGCUGACAUGGAGACCCGCCGGGGAGCCUAUCUCAAUGCUUUAAAAAUAGCCAAGCUCCUGCUAACAGCGGUGGGAUUUGGCCAUGUGAAGGCUGUGGCUGAAGCCUGCCAACCUGUGGCAGAGAGCAAUGUACCUGUGUCACCUAUAAACCAGGUCACCCAUGACCAGGCACUGGUUCUUCAGAGUGCCCUGCAGAACAUCCCCAAUCCUUCAGCUGAGUGCAUGCUACGCAAUGUUGCAAUCCGCCUAGCUCAGCAGAUCUCUGAUGAGAACUUUUUCCAGGCCUCUAAGUAUAUCCCAGACAUCGGUGUGAUCAGAGCAGUUCAGAAGAUUGUCUGGGCCUCUGGUUGUGGCUCAAUUCAGCAUGUCUUUAGUCCUAUUGAGGAGAUCAGCAACAUCUAUGAGAAGACGAAUGCAGGAAAUGAGCCGGAUGCAGAGGAUGAGCAGGUAUGCUGUGAGGCUCUGGAGGUCAUGACCCUGUGCUUUGCUCUCAUCCCCACUGCACUUGAUGCACUUAGCAAAGAGAAGGCCUGGCAGACUUUUAUUAUUGACCUGCUGCUGCACUGCCAAAGCAAGUCUGUUCGUCAGUUGGCCCAAGAACAGUUUUUCCUCAUGGCCACUAGGUGUUGUAUGGGACACAGGCCUUUACUGUUCUUUAUUACUCUUCUAUUUACAGUUUUAGGUAGCACUGCAAAGGAACGGGCUAAGCAUGCUGGCGAUUACUUUACCCUCCUACGACAUUUGCUCAACUACGCAUAUAAUAGCAAUAUUAAUCUCCCCAAUGCAGAAGUUCUUCUUAAUAAUGAGAUUGAUUGGUUGAAGCGGAUCAAGGAAGAGGUUAAAAGGACUGGAGAGACUGGGGUAGAGGAGACCAUUUUAGAGGGCCAUGUUGGUGUCACAAAAGAGCUCCUUGCUUUCCAGACUGCAGAAAAGAAGUAUUAUAUAGGCUGUGAAAAGGGAGGAGCCAAUCUCAUCAAGGAGCUGAUAGAUGACUUCCUUUUCCCAGCCUCUAAUGUCUACCUGCAGUACAUGAAGAGUGGAGAGUUUCCUCCUGAGCAGGCCAUACCUGUGUGUAGCACUCCAGCCACAAUCACCGCUUGCUUUGAACUUUUAGUUGCACUUGCUGUUGGAUGUGUACGCAAUCUCAGACAGAUUGUCGACACCCUAACUGACAUGUACUACUCAGGAUGUGAGGCCCUUACUGAAUGGGAGUAUCUGCCACCUGUGGGUCCAAGACCUAAUAAGGGCUUUGUAGGGUUAAAGAAUGCAGGUGCUACCUGCUACAUGAACUCAGUUAUCCAGCAGCUUUACAUGAUCCCACCCAUCAGAAACGGCAUCCUGGCCAUUGAGGGUACAGGCAGUGAUGUGGACGAUGACAUGUCUGGGGAUGAGAAGCCAGAUAAUGAGAGUAAUGUCGAUCCACGAGAUGAGGUCUUUAGCUAUCAGCACCAAUUUGAUGACAAGCCAUCACUGGGGAAAUCUGAGGACAGGAAGGAAUAUAACAUCGGGGUUCUACGCCACCUGCAGGUUAUUUUUGGACAUCUUGCCUCGUCUAGAUUGCAGUACUAUGUUCCCAGAGGCUUCUGGAAACAGUUCAGGCUUUGGGGUGAGCCAGUAAAUUUAAGAGAACAACAUGAUGCUCUGGAGUUCUUCAAUUCACUUGUAGAUAGUUUAGAUGAGGCUUUAAAAGCACUGGGUCAUCCUGCCAUGCUGAGCAAAGUGCUUGGAGGUUCCUUUGCUGAUCAGAAGAUCUGUCAGGGCUGUCCUCAUAGGUAUGAAUGUGAGGAGUCCUUUACAACACUGAAUGUAGAUAUCCGAAACCACCAGAAUCUUCUUGACUCCAUGGAGCAGUAUGUAAAGGGGGACUUACUCGAAGGUGCUAAUGCCUACCACUGUGAAAAAUGCAACAAGAAAGUUGACACAGUAAAGCGGUUGCUCAUCAAGAAACUGCCUCCAGUACUUGCCAUACAGUUGAAGCGAUUUGACUAUGAUUGGGAACGGGAGUGUGCCAUUAAGUUUAAUGACUACUUUGAGUUUCCUCGGGAGCUGGACAUGGAACCCUACACAGUAGCAGGAGUAGCCAAGCUGGAGGGAUCUGAUGUGCACCCUGAGAAUCAGGUAAUUCAGCAGCAUGACCCCUUGGAGCCAGAGAUGCCAUGCAGCUCACGGUAUAGGCUGGUGGGCGUGCUGGUGCACUCAGGCCAGGCCAGUGGUGGUCAUUACUACUCGUACAUAAUCCAGAGGAAUGGCAGCGGUUGUGAGGGCGAGACCAACCGCUGGUACAAGUUUGAUGACGGUGACGUCACUGAGUGCAAGAUGGAUGACGAUGAGGAGAUGAAGAACCAGUGCUUCGGUGGCGAGUACAUGGGUGAAGUGUUUGACCACAUGAUGAAGCGCAUGUCAUACCGGAGGCAGAAGCGCUGGUGGAACGCCUACAUUCUUUUCUAUGAGCGCAUGGACUCGCUGGACAAAGAUGGCGAGCUGAUGAAGUACAUCUCAGAAUUGUCCCUCAGCAGUAAGCCACACCAGAUCAAGAUGCCCCCGGCCAUCGAGUGCAGCGUGCGCAAGCAGAACGUGCAGUUCAUGCAUAGCCGCAUGCAGUAUAGCCUGGAAUACUUCCAGUUCAUCAAGAAACUGCUCACCUGUAAUAGUGUCUAUCUGACCCCUCCACCAGGCCAAGACCAUCUUUUGCCUGAGGCUGAAGAAAUUGCUAAGAUUAGCAUUCAGCUAGCUGCUAGAUUCCUUUUCAGCACAGGAUUCCAUACCAAGAAAGCUGUCCGUGGUCCUGCCAGUGACUGGUAUGAUGCACUGUGCAUUCUCCUUCGACACAGCAAGAUUGUACGCAGCUGGUUUGCACACAAUGCCCUAUUUUCUCACCCGAAUCGUUUCUCUGAAUACUUGCUUGAGUGCCCUAGUGCUGAGGUGCGAGGAGCCUUCUCCAAGCUCAUAGUAUUCAUUGCACAUUUCUCCCUGCAAGAUGGGCCCUACCCUUCACCUGUUGCCUCACCAGGAACAUCCAGUCAGGGCUGUGAUAAUCUGACCCUAAGUGACCAUUUGCUACGGGCUGUGCUCAACUUGUUGCGGAGAGAGGUGUCGGAGCAUGGCCGCCACUUGCAGCAGUACUUUAAUCUUUUUGUCAUGUAUGCCAACUUAGGUUUGGGUGAAAAGACACAGCUAUUAAAACUUGGUGUGCCAGCCACCUUCAUGUUGGUGGCUCUGGAUGAAGGCCCAGGUCCACCCAUCAAGUACCAGUAUGCUGAGCUGGGUAAACUGUACACAGUGGUGUCACAACUGGUGCGGUGCUGUGAUGUGACCUCGCGUAUGCAGUCAUCAAUCAACGGCAACCCUCCUCUUCCAAACCCAUAUGGGGACCCCAGCCUAACACAGCCCAUCAUGCCUUUGCAUCAGCUUGUGGCUGAGAUUCUGUUUGUACGUACCAGUUAUGUCAAGAAGAUCAUCGAGGACUGCAGUAACUCUGAAGAGACCAUCAAACUGCUGCGCUUCUGCUGCUGGGAGAACCCCCAGUUUUCUUCUACAGUGCUUAGUGAGCUACUGUGGCAGGUGGCAUAUUCCUAUACUUAUGAGCUAAGGCCUUACUUGGACUUGCUGCUGCAGAUCUUGCUUGUUGAGGACUCCUGGCAAACUCACAGGAUCCACAAUGUACUGAAGGGGAUUCCAGAUGACCGUGAUGGCCUGUUUGACACCAUCCAGCGCUCUAAAAACCACUACCAGAAAAGAGCUUACCAGUGCAUCAAGUGCAUGGUGGCUCUGUUCAGCAACUGCCAAGUUGCCUAUCAAAUUCUUCAGAGUAACGGGGACCUAAAAAGGAAGUGGACAUGGGCAGUAGAGUGGCUCGGUGAUGAGCUUGAGCGCAGGCCAUACACUGGUAAUGCCCAGUACACGUAUAACAACUGGUCACCUCCCGUUCAGAGCAAUGAGACCUCCAAUGGCUACUUCCUGGAGCGCUCCCAUAGUGCCCGCAUGACCUUAGCCAAGGCCUGCGAACUGUGCCCUGAAGAGUGUCACUUACCGAAGCACGAAGUGGUGUCUGAAGAGGACGCAGGCCGGAAGCCGUCCUCGCCACAGCAGCUUUUACCAGGGGAAGUGACAGGCCAGCAGCAGAACACUGAGCCAGAUGAUCAAGAGGCUCAUGAUGACCAGGACACCUCUCCACCAGAAGACACAUCACUGUACCCCAACUCUCCAGGGACACAGUUUCAACAGCAGAACAACCUUCCUCAUGGACAGCCAUACACCGGCCCGGCAGCACAACAUAUGAACAAUCCUCAGCGUCCAGGCCCACGAGCACAAGAAAACUGGGAGUCCCCAGAAGAAGCUCCACCCACCCAGAUGAAAGAAUAGCACCACUCGUUUAUGCGGUUCUCCAUCCGAGCGCAAGCUGUUCAAACGAAGAGCAAGGCCCCAGUAUCCAGUGUCACUCAACAAACUUUCUCCAGAAAUGUGUUCCCUGUCCUGCUAACUUUGAGGUGGCGACUUCACCAUCUACCUGCAGUACUUCAACUUGCGUACAGUGGAUGGUGCAGUAACAAGCCUGGCCUGAUGCACUUCACAUGCACUUGAUGGUGGUGUACAUAUUCUACUAAUAUUUUUGACUGUUUAAAACCAUUGGCACCACGUGCCGAAGACUUAUGGAUUUCAGAAAACAACAUUUAAAGUUGAAAAAAAAGAGUAAAAAGACUUUAAAAAAAAAAACCUGUUUGAUUACCUGUGCUCGGUUGUGAGAUUUGAUCUGCCUUUUGGUCAUUCAGCUCUAGAUUAUUUUACUCACGUCAGCUCUUAUCUACCCCACCUUUGGAGCCAGACAUGGCAGUAGUGUAGGUAUGACAAUUGCUGGGUGAUGCCCUUGUUAGGUUGCUCUAAGAGAUGAUGUAACUUUGUUCUGGAAACUUUCAUUGCCUUUUCUUGGUUCUGGUAUUUAAUUUAAAAAUUCCAGUUAUGCUGUAAUGUUUUAGCAUGGCUUCACACCCAAUUAGUGUAGCCAAAGGGAAAUUCUGUGAUCAUGAUGGCUGUAGUUUUUAAUCAACAGCUGUUCUGAAAAGGCUCCCCUUACUUCAUUUCUACAUUUUUUUAAAAUCUAAACAAUAAGUGGUAUUUGAAUUGCACAUGUAUCCUCUGACCUGACAUUUGGCACUCAGUUCUUGGUGGAAAUAAAUGUUUAGUUUGACCUAUAGGAAUUUUAGACAGAGAAAAUGUAUAUGCAAGUUUGCUAUGCCAGGAUGCCUGGCCACUUAAGUCUGCAGACUUGCUGUCUGUUUUUGCUUAUUCUACUUGAAAACAGCUCUGUGUGGGAACCUUUCCUUGGAGCAGGAUGGACAUAAGCAGGGUCAUAUUACAAAACUGCUGGUUAGUCGUAUGAUAGCGUUAAGAUUAGUAAACAACUGAAAAUAGUGUAUUUGAUUGGAAACUUGGAAGAAUUUUGAAUUGUUUAAAAAAACCAAAUACUCCUGCAAAUGAAACUAUUCUGCCCAUCAUAUUUAAAUAUUUUGCUGUUUUAUUUUAUAGAAUUUAUUUUGUUGUAUUUCACUAAAAGAAAAAUAAGAAUUUGAUUUAAGAGGAACAUUUUUGUCCUUGUGUUCUUUUUAAACAUUGACUGUACAGAGUUCUUUGCCUGUUUUGGCCAUAGUGUAACAUUGAAUUCUGGAGCCGCAGUCACAAUGUUAGCGUUCACGUUGUGAGGUUUUUUUGUGCACAGAAAUAUUACAGCAUUGCGCCCUUAAAAAUAAAGAAAACUGAAUCUUGAAA